GGGACUUAUUUUUUAGUUGCACUCAAACGUUCUUCCGGAAGUAAUUAGUUGACUUGUCUCACGCUCGUUAGUGGUCAUGUUGCGGAAUGUUUGGGGUCGAUUUUUGACAGAGUCGGUUUUUGGUCAACGUAACGUGGGAUACACCCCUUCAAUUAUUCAGACAGCUGUGUCUGCUUUGACGUCAGUGAGGAAGUACUCGGAUGUGAAGGACGAAACGCAGCAGGCGUUUGACACGUCCUUGCUGGAGUUCUUGGUCUGUCCACUGUCCAAGAAGCCACUCAGGUUUGAAGCCACGACCAACGAGCUGAUCAACGACGAGCUUGGCAUCGCAUACCCCAUCAGAGACGGAAUCCCCAACAUGAUCCCCCAGGAAGCCAGACUCGUACAGGAAGACUCAAACCCACCGGCACAAGGAUAGAAUUCCCCAUCGAUCUUGCAUCCUCAGCUCAAUUCUUCUUGUCUCCCGUUCAUAUACUAUAGUCAUCAAAGUUGAGCAGCAGGUGCCGCUAGACUAAUAACUCACUAAGUACGUGACUAAUAUUUAUUUGAAG